UUUCAAAGGCAGACCUAGCUGGUACCCGAAAUGGAGCUGGAAAUCCUUGCUCUCCAACCGGAAAAUCCCGUUUUUCGGUCGAACAGGAACUGGGAGUAAUCUGAUCAUAUCGCCGGGAGAUACGGUGAUGUCGAUAACAAAAGCCCAAAGCACUCCCGAAGAUCCGCGUGCUUACCAGAAGAACGCUUUUCAGAUGAUGUUUGCAGUCACUGAUGAGGAUGUUAUCGCUUUCUACCCCGGUAAAGGUGCCAAGGAGACCACGGCAAGGAUGGUUGAGGUCCGCACAACCCUCAAGGAUGUCGAGUUGGUCAACUUUAGGAAGAGAGGGGGGCAAAUUUGGCAGGUGGGUGUGCUGGUGGGAACACUGAUGGUGAUGUCCAAGGCGAAAAUGCCUUACAACCUGUUGUACUGCAACGGGAACCAUUACGUCCAGUAUCUCUCGGGACGAAGAGGUUUCCUGCCGCUCUCCAAGUUGUGUCCCUUGUGGGAACCGUUGAGAUCCGAGAAUUUCGCCACCAUUUUUGCAUCAGGAUCUUUCACUUUAAAAAAUGGAAACAAGAAAGAGAUACAUCUUGUCCUUCCGGAAACUCCCCAGUCAGACGAACCUAUGUACAACCGAUGGCCCAAAUACAUCCGAGACCAGGUCCACUUGAAACCGCAAUCAUUAACCGGUGAAUCUAAUGAGCAUCGUGAGCCCUAAAAAAUCAGCCAGACUACGCACACCACGUUAUACAGGAUCAUCCAAAAAUCCCACACCUUUUUUAUAUUUUUUACAAUGUGGUCUUGAAGCAAAAAAAGAUGCGACAAAAAUGUGUCCAAAAACGGUUUGCAGGGGAUGAGUCUGUGGUGCGUGUGCUCUUAUAAUCGGGAAAAAUCAAAAUCUUGGCUGAUCCUAAUUUCGAGGUAUCGGAAUAUGAAAUUUUCAUAG